AUGGCUCCUAAACGAAAAAAUAAUUCCGGAAAAGGUUCUUCAAUAACAAUGAAACAACAUCGACUUACUAAACGAGUUAUUGGUACUAUGGAACCUCAUAACAAAAACAAGUCUCAGAUAGCUACACAAGAAAAAAAACAAUUACAAUCGAAGAAAAAACAAGGUAAAAAAUGUGUUGCUAAUGAAAAUACAGAAAAUCAAUUAGAUAGUAUUAUGGAAGAUACAUCAAAAGAUCCGAAAUCAAUGAGCGUUGAUUCUAAUGAUUUUAAUCCUACUGAUCCAGAAUUAUCAACUUCUGGUUCUUAUUGUUCCAAUACAAGUAAUACAGGUAUUCAAGUUAAAACAUCAUCAACAGCUAACUUUCAUAUCGAGGACGAUGAUGAUGAUACUGAUGAAUUUCAAGCAAUGUUCAUGUCUAAUGCAUUUGCAUCUAAAACUCGUCCAGAUUAUGCUUCAACACCAUUAGUUCGAUCUCAACAUCACUCGCAAUCUAAUAUGUGUGCAAGUGCUAAGUCUCUCGUAUCGCGUCAAAUCAAAAACAGAACACGUGGUCCAUUAUCAACAAACACCGUUGACAAUCAAUUAAAAAUGUCGAAUACACCUUCACGAAAUAUUAAUACAUCUACCAAUCCAUGUACCAAUACAGAUUCAUCACCAUUAACUCAAGUACCAAAUGGUAGUCAAGCUUCACCUAGCACCAAUUAUGCAACAAAUAAUAAUGCUAUAUUAGAAACAUUUGUUGAAUAUCGAACAUUAAAACGUGAACUACAACGUGCAUUGAAUUUGAAUGAAAGAUGGAAAGCUGAUUAUCAAAUUUUGGUACGUCGCAUGCAAAGACUUCAGAACAGCUCAUUUCCGCGGCCUAAUGUUGAUGGACGAGCUUUUCUCGAACAAUUACUUGAUUCAAUUAGAUCCAGUGAACAUGAUGAAGAUAAUCGUUCAUCAAAUCAAUUAGCUAAUGACAUUGGAUUACCUGAAACAACUCUUUUAUCGUUUUCCAACGCUGAACCACAAAAAACUGCACUACGAAUAUUUAACGCUCUUUUUCCUACUAAUCAAAACAAACAAUCUUUAAUUAAUGUUACUAAUUUAAAUGUUAACCAUCCUACAUUACUAGAAAAUAUUCUAGUAUUUGCUCGACGUUGCUCACCCGGUUCUGGUUAUUCAAUGGCAAUGUUAAAAGAAGCUGUAGGAAAUUCAAUUCGAUGUGCUCGACACAAGAUCAAGAUGGAACAAAGUCGAAUAGUUGCAGCAGCAGCCGUCCAACAAGUCGACCCAAAUCAUGAGAACGGUAUGAUGGACUAA